ACCCUGCGCCCGCCAUCCGCUCCUCUGAGUGGUGCAUCUGAGUGUCCGCCAUGUUGGCUUAUGGGUGUCACGCACGGACACAAACUCGUGUGUAACGGUAGACGCGUAGCUAGCUACAUCAAAAUAGAUCUCAGCUUGCUGCACGUUUUAGAAUAACUUGGACCCCAAGUUGUCUAUUCUAUACUCAGUCUUCGUCACCAGAAGCUGUGACUUAAACAGCGUUUACCCCGGGGAGGAAAAACAAGCGACUCAUUCAAAAACUCUAGAAAUGGUAAUGGAGGAACUACCUGUGCUGAACACCCUCGAUGUGCUGACAUGCUUUUGACAAGCACUGCUCUACUGGUCCCUGGAGGACAGGUUUUGGCAGGCAGAGCCUGUGAACGAAAACACUGUGAUUGCGCUAAGGACAUUUCAUAAAAACAAAAACCUGUUUUAAUUUUACAUUUUUUUUAAAAACCAAAAAAACCCUAAAUAAACCGAACACUAUAUAACUAGUUCAUACCUUAAAGAAAGUUGGCACUCAAACCGCUAACAUGCAGAGUUCUUCGAUUCGGCGCCAGGUGAAAAACAUUGUGAAUAACUACUCUGAGGCGGAGAAGAAGGUGAGGGAGGCCACCUCCAAUGACUCCUGGGGCCCGUCCAGCUCGCUGAUGUCGGAGAUCGCCGACCUCACCUACAACGUGGUGGCCUUCUCCGAAAUCAUGAGCAUGAUCUGGAGGCGCCUCAACGACCACGGCAAGAACUGGCGGCACGUGUACAAGGCCCUGACGCUGCUGGACUACCUGAUCAAGACGGGCUCGGAGCGCGUGGCCCUGCAGUGCCGCGAGAACAUCUUCGCCAUCCAGACGCUCAAGGACUUCCAGCACAUCGACCGCGACGGCAAGGACCAGGGCAUCAACGUGCGGGAGAAGUCCAAGCAGCUGGUGGUGCUGCUGAAGGACGACGAGCGGCUGAAGGGGGAGCGCUCCCAGGCCCUGAAGACCAAGGAGCGCAUGGCGCAGGUGGCCACCGGCCUGGGCAGCAGCAACCAGAUCAGCUUCGGCCGCGGCUCCAGCCAGCCCAACCUGUCCACCAGCUACUCGGAGGAGUACGGCAAGUCCGGGGGCUCGCCGGCGUCCUACCAUGGGUCCACUUCUCCACACGCGUCCUCAGAGCUGGAGCAGGCCCGGCCCCAGACGAGCGGGGAGGAGGAGCUGCAGCUGCAGCUGGCCCUGGCCAUGAGCAGAGAGGCAGCUGAGCAGGAGGACCGGAUGCGGCGUGGGGAUGACCUCCGGCUGCAGAUGGCCCUCGAGGAGAGUCGGAAAGGGGCUGGCCCGGGGACAGCGGUCAAGAAGAAAAAAGAGCCGGCGCUGAUGGACCUGAUGGACACGGUGCCCGAAGCCCCAGCGGCUCAGGCUUCAGACCCCUGGGGCGCUGCCGCUCCAGACCCCUGGCAGUUACCUGCUCCACCCGUGGAUCCGUGGGGGCCGUCUACUUCCUCAGCCGCGCCCGUGAAAUGCGCCGAGCCUUGGGGCCCUUCCACCGGCUCCGCCCCUGUGGCACAACCCGUCCCCGACCCCUGGGCAUCCGGGACCGACACCUGCCCCAAGGCGCCUGACACUGGUAACUUUGAUCCCUUCAGUACACUAAAUGGGAACUCCAAGGAUGACUUCUUAGGCUUUGACAGCCUUCGAUCUUCCAACACAACAGGCGAUGCCAGGGGAAGCUCCACUUUGCCUUCCCGGCCUAGCGCUUCUGCCAGCCCGGACUUGAUGGACCUGAAGCUGGAAAGCCCCGCCCAGAACGGCAUGGGCAGCAGUUCCCGAAAAACCCCUGAGUCUUUCCUAGGCCCCAACGCCGCUCUGGUCAACCUGGAAUCUCUGGUCAGCAAGCCAGCACAAUCCGCCUCCACCUCCAACCCCUUCUUGUUAGCAGGCGCUGCUCCUGCACCCAUAGCCCAGAUCAACCCGUUCCAGGUCAGCCAGCCCCAGCCUCCCACCCUCAACCAGCUGCGGGUGAGCCCCAUGAUGGGCCCUUCCAGCCAGGCUUUCGGCAGUGUGGAGCCCCUGGUGCUCUCAAUGCCUCACCCUGGGACUAUCGCCAUGGUGCAGGUGCCCAUGCCAGGUAUGCCCGCCCUGGCCCCCAUGGGCAUGAUGGUGCCCGCCAUGGGCGUGGGCAUCCCGGCCCCCGUGCCCAUCCCGCAGCCCCUCAUGAGCACGGGGCUGCCCCCUGCAGCCACGACUGCGCAGACUGGCAGCACAACCAACCCCUUCCUCUUGUGAAAAACUGACUUUACUAAUCAGAAAUGAGCGCCCCGACUUAACCCGGCUACACAGUGACCUUUUAUAUUUUCAGAUUGGCGUGCUGUUUUAUUAAGACUUGUGUGAGUAGCUGCAGUGUUUACAGAUUUUAAUAGGCAGAUGGUUAUCCGCGCUCUCCUGUCACUGGCUGUAGGUACCCUGCAUUAAUUGCCAUUGUUUCUCCUGACAUUAAUUUUGCAAUUGGUGUGUUCUGCCCUCUUGCCAUGAAACAGAUUAGCCAUCUCUUUAUACACCUAGUUAAUGUUACGUUAUAUUUCUUUAUCCUCAUCAGGAUUUGAGAAUGUGAAUCGUGCUCCAUUUUAUUUUCUUAUUUUAUGUCUUUAAAACAACGUAUUCACUCAAAACUACUUUUUAUGCGUACAUUACCCAAAAUGUUUUACAUUAUUUUAUGAACACUGUAUUUGAUAUGCAUAGGUAUACCCAGCCUAGGGAAUUCAUUCAUUUUACCUGCAACAUUUUUAGUGUCCUAAACAAAAGAUUUGCACAUGGCUCAAGUGUUUUGACUGUAGGUUCACCGUGUGUCCUAAAGAGAAGCAAUGAUCAGCUGUUCUUAAUGAAGCUACAUCUGUAAUAAGCAUAAAAAACUACAAGAAAGUGUAUGUGCUAUUACUGCUGUCUGACAUUGAGAAGUCUGCACUUUGUCACUGGUUCCAGUCUUGCCACAUUAGAAGGUGAACUUGGUGAUUUCAGGUUGAUAGGUUUUAAGGAAUGUUAGGGAACUGGUGCUUCUUUACAAUGUUUUUUUAUGGCUACCAGUUUAGAGAAAUACUUUUGGGGGAAAUUUCACUCAUUCAGGUCUAUCAUAGUGCUCACUCUUUGCGCAUCUCUUCUUAUAGUGACUGCGUUGUAUGGACAGACAAUGCUGAACAGUGAAGCAGAACUCCUCUGCCUUGCUCUCUUAGGUCAGAUUGUUACAAAGAAAUAUCAAGCAAUCUUACAUUUUCUUUUCUUAAUUAUUUACACACAGAAAAUGUAUCAAAUGUCAAAAAGGAACAAAGGGAACCAGGGAAUAUAAACGCCACAUCAAAUGGUAGUUACUGCUGUAUCCUCUUACUGGUAUUAUUAUAUCACCAACAGUAUUACUUGUCUUAACUGUUGCUCUGUAAUUUCCUAUGCAUGUCAAUCAUUUUCAAAGCCUUUAAGCUUGCUUGCUUAGGAUCUGUCCAUAUAUGCACACGUUCACAUUAAAAACCAACAUAUGUACACAAAGUAGGUACUACAUGGAACAUUUAAAGGCCUGCCAUUUCUCUGUCAGAUACAGUGUGAAGGCAUCCCUUUGGGUUAGAGCAGCCUUUUAAAUGAGGUGCUUGGAGCUUUAGUGCCCCUGCAGUUUGUGGCUGAGGCAGUGCUGUAGGUGGGGGGAUUCCACGGUGAUGUACAAAAACCUAAUUAAUGCGGUCAGAACAUUUCCUCCACAAGCAGUCGUUCGGACUGCUCAUGGUGACGUGUCAUCAUGAUAGCAGAACAGCUGCUCUGUGGAUGACUGAGGCAGUAAAAGCACGAGCCCAAGCUUUGAGUGUUCUACUCACCAGUAUGGUUGCAGUGGUAUCUCUGAUGUGAUCCAACCGUCUGUUUAUUAUCAGGUGGGAACAAGGUUCUCUCCUUGCUAGUUUUAUUCACAGCCCAUGAUUCUAAUAAAUACCAAGGUAAACUUAUGUUACAUUUAUGGGUCAAUUGUUUUUAAAUUGUAGGAUAUUUUGGUAGAUAUGCUGGAGCUAGAGUGGAAUAUCUUGUGUUAUAGGAACAGUGUUUGGGGUCACAUGACUUUAUUAGUUAUCAGAAUAAGUCUAACUUCCAAACUGCUGGAAGAAAUGGAUGUGGAAUUAAUAGAUUUUGAUAGGGAAGUAUGUUUGGGGAAUAUUACAUAGUUUUGAAAAUAUAUUUUCCGAAAGAGAUUUUCAGAAAUGUGAUUACCAAAGUCUGUACAAGCAAUCUAUUCAAAUGGGAUUUGUGAUAUUACACCUAUUUGUAUUACUAUGUUGAUUCUGACUUGUGUUGAAACACAUGAAGCUCAAUGUAUUAUUUGAAAUCGCUGCCAACCUGCCAUUAUUUUUUUUUUUUGAAGACGGUUGUUGGCCAGUGCCCUCUGCUGGACCUUUUGUAUAGCAGCGUGUAUAGAGCUUUGUUACAAACCCUUGGUGUACUCUUGUAGUAGUUAUGAUACCCACAUAACCAAGACAUAUACUCAGGCAUAAAUAGGGAGGGGGGAAGGAUGCUUUUAACAGUUUCAUGAACUUCGAUCUGAUUUUACAGAGGGGGUGAACAUGUUCCUGUAUAAAACAGUACCGAGUGUUGCAGAAAUACGCAGGUUUAUGCUCAGAAACAAACUUAACUACAUACGUUAUCUAGCUCAACUUGUCAGUGGCCUUUUCACUGUGUUUGUACUUUGCUAGCAUUCUCUUCAUGUACUCAUUCAUUUACUGUGGUCUACGUUUUCAUUGUGAAGCAUAAUCUAUUUUUUCACGUUAUUUGUAUAUUUACAACGCUUUCAUCUUGCGGGGAGCAGGCUGCUUUUUAUGGAUAUGUGCCCAACCUGUUGACAUAAUUGUAUAAUAUAAUUUAUCAUUUGUACUUUGUAAAACACUGUUUUAUUCUUAUGUAAUGGGUUUUGCAGGAAAUUUACAGGAAAUCUCAUUUUAACAGCAGUAAAUGAUAAGCUAUUAGCUGCAGAAGUUUAAAUGUAUUACAGAUUUUGCUUGCAGUUAUUUUACAAUGCUGCCAAAUCAAUAAUAACUAAGAUUCGUGUGUCAGCAAGAAUCAAUAAAUAUGUAUUGUAAGCAGAGCUGUGGAUUUGUUAAUACAGUAGUUAAACAGUUCUAUGGGACUUAGGAGAUUUGGAUUUGGUGAUGAGGAGCCGUGUGUUAUUGCAUAAAAGGAACACACUGUUUAGGAAAGAAGAGUAAUUUAAUUGUAAUAAAUAUCAAAAAUGAUGUAUUCUUACCUACAAUAAAGGUACAAGCAUAUUUA